GUCCAAUCGCUUGUAGAGAUUGUCGCUUUAUCCAGUCUGUGGUGUUGAUCACGGCUCCAGCUGUAGAUCAGGCCCGUACAAUGGCGGAGAAGACUCAAAAGAGUGUGAAGAUUGCUCCCGGAGCAGUUGUAUGUGUAGAAAGUGAAAUCAGAGGAGAUGUUACUAUAGGACCAAGGACGGUGAUUCACCCCAAAGCACGAAUUAUUGCUGAAGCUGGGCCAAUAGUGAUUGGUGAAGGUAACCUGAUAGAAGAACAGGCCCUCAUCAUAAAUGYUCAUCCAGAUAAUAUCACUCCUGACACUGAAGAUCCAGAACCCAAAACUAUGACCAUUGGCACCAACAAUGUGUUUGAAGUUGGCUGUUAUUCCCAAGCCAUGAAAAUGGGGGAUAACAAUGUCAUUGAAUCAAAAGCAUAUGUAGGCAGAAAUGUAAUAUUGACAAGUGGUUGCAUCAUUGGGGCUUGCUGCAACCUAAAUACUUUUGAAGUCAUCCCUGAGAAUACAGUGAUCUAUGGUGCAGACUGCCUUCGUCGGGUGCAAACUGAGCGACCACAGCCCCAGACUCUACAACUGGAUUUCUUAAUGAAAAUCUUGCCAAAUUAUCACCACCUAAAGAAGACUAUGAAAGGAACCUCAACUCCAGUUAAGAACUGAGAACAGGAUAUAUCAAGAUAACGUUCCCACUUUGACUACUCUCUUUCAAAAGGGCCACAGUGUUUGUACAUUCUUAGCAGCUCACAGAAUAAUGUGUGUUGACUUUAUUUGAUAAAACAGAGAGAGGAAAUUAGUGGAUUUCCAUUGUAACUGUCCUUUAUAAUUUAUAUAAAAAUGUAUUAUUUUCCUAUACCUAUGCUCUUUUCUGAUAAUUUACAGAUUCAUUUUUUCUUUUGUUAUAUAAAAUGUUAGGCACAAAUUAAUUAUGUAAAAGACUACCUAUGAUAAGAAAUGGCAUGAGGUUAUGUAUUAUAUUCUAGCAUAUGCUAAACUAAAUAAAACUGCUGAUGACAGAAUUUUUA